AUGUCCAACUUCCCGUUCCUUCAGUUUCUCGACCUCACCGGUAACCCUCUCAAAAGUACAAAAGGCAUUAAACAGCAUUCUCUCGAGAAGCUCAUCCUAUCCAAAACUCAGCUUGAGGAUCUUGAGGACAUGACUACGGAGAACCUUCCUAACCUCAUCCACCUCAACAUCACCAACAACGCGCUGAAGAAGCUGGACGGCCUGGAGCACCGCACCCUGAAGACACUGUACGCGGCGGGAAACAAGCUGCGCAACCUCUCCGGGGUGAGCCGGCUGACCUCUCUGAGUCGUCUGCACCUGAGAGACAACCGCAUCAGCUCGCUGAAGGGUCUGGAGGAGGACCACGAGACGCUCGAGUACCUGAACGUCCGCAGCAACAACCUGGAAGAGGUGGAGGAGGCGUACCACCUCAGUCGCAUGAAGAAGUUGACCACGCUGGUGAUCGCCGACAACGCUGUCUCCGACUCUGACUCGUACCGCGUGGACGCGCUGGUGUACGGCCGGCGGCUGCAGAGGAUCGACAAAGACCCCGUCGAGGAGGAGCGCCAGGAGGCGGCAGAGCUGUACCCACAGCGGGAGGAGGAGCGACUGCUGGCAGAGCGAGAGGCCAAAGAGCGACCCGCCGACGAGGAGCCCGAUCAGGACGAUCUGGAUAGUCAGAGAGAUGACGACGAAGAUCGUGAUGAAGAGGAUGACUGA